AUAUUCAACAUCGCUAUCAGUGAAGAAACGCAGGAGCCACGAAUCGGCUGUGUAUUGUUGACAUCUACCACAAGUAUAAUAACGUUGGAUUUGAUUCUUCGGCAGCCGCAACGUGUUGCAGUGACGUGUUGGGUAUGAGUUCACGGCGAAAGACAACUUCGCGAGCCGGUUUCGAUUCUCAGUUGGAACCGCCCUCACUUCACUUCUUCAUAUUGCCGUUUUACUGGUAUUGCAGUUAUCAUCAAAUGUGACCUAUAUGAAAUGAUUAAGGCAUGAACAUCACAACACAGCUCCCUUCCUGUAUUUCCCCUAAAACACAAACAAACCAACCCCUGGCCUACCCCAACAAAUAAUAACAAACAAGAAAAACAAAUCUAAAGAUUCCGUACCAUUGUUUACAUAUUCUUUUGAUUUCCCUUUAAUUCUUAAAUUUAUUUAUUCGUUUAUUUUUCUUACCUGUUCCGCUUCCGUCCACCUUUAACUGCCAGCAAUUUCACAUCUCUCUAUCCAUCCCUCUAUCUAUCUAUCUAUCUAUCUUUUGAUCUGUCUAUCUAUCUGUCUAUCUAUCUAUCUAUUUAUUUUACUAUCCUUAACGCAACGAUCAACUUGUCUAUUUAUCUACCAAACCAUCUCUCUAUCCAUUAAGAUAUUUAUCCCAUCCAUCUAUCUAUCAAUCUAUCUAUCUAUCUAUCUAUCUAUCUAUCUAUCUAUCUAUCUAUCUAUCUAUCUAUCUAUCUAUCUGCUAAUCAACCAAGCAAUCUACCUGUAUAAAUAUAUAUCUAUACCUGUUAUCCAACUCCCACCCCAUGAGGAAACUUCCAAAUGCUUAUCCACGGGAUAUCCUAUAUUAUUGGUCUGUUGAUGGCCUGUUGUGGAAUUAUCCAAAAAGCGGAGGCGAUUAACGUUGAUGAAAGCCAAUUAUUUGUUGCACGCUGCAGAGUGGAAUGCUUGAAAAUGUUUUUACCCUCGGACGUUUCGAAAGCAGACGCCAAAUGUGAUUCUUCAAGAAACUGCAGUCAGUGUUGGGAUAUGUGUUUGAAUCUCAAUUACAACAGGAACCUUUGGGCUGACAUUUGUGAAUCCGACAUCGAUUGUGAACUCGGAUGUAAGAUGGUCUGCAAUUUCAAAGCUGAUUCCAAAGAAAGUAAUCGAAAGCGAACGGGACGAUUCUUGGAACUACCUAACGUGAAGGAUUAUGGUAGAAAUGUACUAAUAAAAUGGAAAAAACCAAAGAAAAUUAGUGGACAAGCACCGGAUACUUUUAGUCACUUAGUUUAUAUCUUACUUAGUCGGAAACGACAUCAGCAGACUGGAUGGAAAAUAUUUCAGCAGGUAAGGAUUCUUUUAAUGUUAAUAAUAAGCUUUCUUUUGAUUAAUUCUAUAAGUUUUCAACAGCGAUUUAGCACCGUACUGCUACUGUAUAACACUCUCUCUGAGAGAUUUAGAAAUGCAAUACUUUUAGUUUUUGUCAUUGCACUACAGCCAAACGAGGGCAUAGCUUUCAAGGCUGUACUUUUUAUUCGAUCGUAUCGACCCCAGUACGUAUUUCUGUCUGGUUAUUUGUUUUAUCGAUUACUGUUUGCUGAACAAAAUGUAAAGCUUUUUAAUUUGUCUUUAACAGGUGAGUUGGUGAUGGGACCAGUCCAACAGGGAUAUUCCUCUCAUUCUGCAAACGUACAACUGAAACACAAAAUCAUAGAACACGACCAAGUUUUAACCAUUCAGCUGCAACUUCAUAUUUCAAACACUUCGACCAGCAAAGCGACCGAAUACUGUGUCCACUGGUUCCUUAAUAGCUGUAACGCCUAUCCAGACCUUGAGUUCUGUGAUAUUCCACCGGAUCACUAUGGACCAAAACCGUUCCUGACCAAUGUGAAAACACCGGAACUUAAUUUGACCAAUAUCAAGUACAACUCCAAGUAUACCAUCCGACUUGAAUGGAAUGCGAAACCUGCCAUAGACAUUAAUGUUAUCACACCAAAAUGCCUGACACCUGACGUGACCAUUACGUACUGCGAGCAUCGAGUCUUGCCACUGCCACCAAUAGGUGAGAUCCAGUGGUUUCUGAACAAUGCUUCGCUAGUUUAUAACAUUAGCAUAGGAAAAGUAAUGGCGAACAUCUCCUGGGUAGCACCGUUUAAUAAGCUUAAUGUGAAAUACAGCGUUACUUGGCAGGGACCUGAAGUGAGUGAGACAUUUGAUCGGAUUGUUGCAGGCAAACUUGUUACCUCACUAAAUUAUGUCGUUCUAAAACUGGAUAUUGGCUUCGUCUAUAAAAUACGGGUAAAAGCCAUCUGUUGCACAGAUCAAAGCAGCAAUGAAACACUGGACAGCGAAUUUUUGUAUCUCAACCUUACACGAGGCACCUACGCAUCCGAAGAAGAAUUAAAUGGGGCUAAAUCACCGGAUGAUAUCAUAGACAACACGCAGUCAGGACCAAAGAAAGUUUCCAGUGCCGCCAUAUUAGCAGCUUGUGCUAGCAUCUUCGUACUGAUGGCAGUUCUUUUGCUGCUAAUAUACAAGAAGCGUAAAAGUUUGAAAGAAGUGGUAAUCAUCAAGACUAUGGCAGCAAAAAACAACACCUACAAGUCAAACGUCACAGGUUCCAGUAAAAUGGAUUACACAUCAGAACAAACUGUAGUAACAGAUGAAUGGGAAUUAGACCCAAGCCUACUUCGAUUCAGCACACCUCUUGGACAGGGGGCAUUCGGUAAAGUGGUCACAGGUUAUUAUGCUCAAAGGAAGGUCGCCAUCAAAGUUGUAAAAGACAGCGCCCCUCUUUCUUAUAAAGAAGAUCUUUUGGAUGAGUUGAACCUCAUGAAAAGAAUAGGCAUCCAUCCAAACAUUGUGUCUAUGGUAGGAGCCUGCACACAAAAGGAGCCAAUUGCCCUUGUCAUGGAAUAUGUACCGUACGGCAAUCUACACAACUUCUUAAGGAAGUGCAGAUCUGAAGGAGAGGUACGGUUACGAAAUGGUACCUCGGAGUUAAACUACUCAGUUAUGGACAAGAAUGGUCAAAUUGAAAAUGGAAUAAUAACUCCAGUGGAUAUAUUGUCAUUCGCCCGACAGAUAUCUAUGGCAAUGGAAUACAUGGCCGAAAAUAAAUAUGUCCAUCGGGACUUAGCGGCUCGUAACGUCCUUCUCGAUUGUGGCAAAGUGGUCAAAGUCUGUGAUUUUGGCUUAUCGCGUGACAUUUACAAGGAUAACCAAUACCAGAAACUAACCAACGGGAAACUUCCCAUCAAAUGGAUGGCAAUUGAAUCACUUCGAGAUAGAAUCUUCACGACGCAAAGCGACGUCUGGUCGUUUGGAAUCCUUCUCUGGGAAAUUGUCUCAUUGGGUGCAUCUCCUUAUCCGUCCAUCGCUCUGGCUGACCUCUAUCAUGUGUUGUGCAGUGGCCAUCGUAUGGAAAAGACCAGUAACUGCUCAGAGGAGUUGUAUCGGAUUAUGCGGUUAUGCUGGGCAGAAAAUCCUCAAAAACGACCGACAUUCACACAACUACGUCACCUACUGGAAUAUUUACUAUCCAAAGACUGUAACUAUUUGGAACUGGACAAUAUCAAUGUGCCUUUAGCAGCUUCAGAAAACAGCAGUCCGCCUCAGUCUUUUGAAAUCGAUUUAGCCCCACCCCUACCUGAAAGACGUCAAAUCCCCGAAAUACCAGCAGACACCUCCCCAGAAGAGCUGUCAACAGAAUUUCUCAUCAGACGUGUGUACUCACAAUAAGACAUAUGUUGUUAUGAAGACUGAGAAAAUGGAAUGUAUCCAUUAUUUCCACUGGGUUUGAUCUAAAUAACUGCCAAGAACAAAGGAGGAAAAAAAAAAGAAAGAAAAUUACAG